CUGCUGUGAGGCUGGAGUGGAGUGGAGGUGACACGUAAGUCGGGAGAUUGGGAAAAAGGCCUGGAACUUUUCUGUGGCGUGGAGUUAAAGACAAAACAAUACUUUUUGUUACAGAGCUGUGUUUCAGUAUACGGUUUGCUGCAACCUGACAGACUAUAAAGCGGUGCACGGUUUCUGGCAACAUUUUAACUUCAUUCCCAGAAUUAGAUCGGAGACUUUUGUUUUGAUUGAACUUUGCAACUAGUAACCUGGAACGGAUUUUCAGCGUCAGAAACAGUUAACGUUGCAAAGUGAUUGCUGCUGCAGCCUGAUAUGCUGUUGAUUCAUUCAAAAUAAACAUUGAAUUGAAGGGGGGAAACCGUGAACUCUUCGCUUUGGAGCCGUCAAGUAGACGUUCUGCAGGAAAGAAAGGAAGGAAUAUGGGAAAUAGUAUGUGUUCCCGGAGGCAGAAAAAGAUUUUCCAAACUUUGUUCUUUCUUACGAUAGUUUUUGGGUUUCUUUAUGGGUUAUUGUUAUACUAUGAAAUGCAUAACCAGUUAAAGAAGGCGGAAACUCUGGCAUCGAAGUACCAGCAGCAUCAGGAGGCUUUAUCUGCACAGUUGCAAGUUGUUUAUGAACAUAGAUCAAGAUUAGAAAAAUCACUACAAAAAGAAAGAAAUGAACACAAAAAAGCUAAAGAAGAUUAUUUGGUUUACAAGUUAGAAGCACAAGAAGCCUUGAACAAAGAAAAGCAAGAUUCCGGUAACCGAUACAGUGCACUGAGUGUACAACACAAAAUGCUGAAGAAUCAACAUGAAGAUCUGAGAAAGCAAUACACUGACCUACAUGGAGAACAUCAGAGACUUGGAGAGGACCACAAUAGAGCAAUGAAUGAGCAUAGCCGGCGAUACCUGACCCUACAGCAAGAGAAGGAACAGGAGAUUGCUCAACUGAAAGAGAAUAUUUAUAAUCUACUUGAAGAGAACAAAAAAUUGAGGAAGGCCCACCAGGAUGUCCAUGUUCAACUCCAGGAUGUGAGGCAAUUGCAUAAGAAUUUAUUAUUGCAACAUGAUCAGCUGCAGGUGACUUUAGAAGACCACAAGAACUCGCUAUCGGCUGCCCAGGCUCAGGUAGAAGAAUACAAACAGCUCAGAGAAACCUUAAACAAAAUGCCCAGCCUAAGACAAACAGAACAAAGGCCACCUCUCAAUGCAGAGAAAUCACAGCAAGGUGUUGCUGAGCCCUUACAAUAUCACAACAAGCUGGGAGCACGAGAUCAGAUACCAUAUAGAAGUGAAGGUAACCAGCAUGAUGAGAAAAAAGAUGUGCAGCAACAUAUUAAGCCAAUGACAGGGGAGAAUGAUGACACUAAAAUAAGAGAAGAUAAUGAAGGAGUACCAGGGAAGCAAUAUGCUCAACUUGAAAACUGGCAAAGGAAUGAACAUUCAGAUUUGGAAAAACGUGAGUAUGAACCACAGGAGCAUCACCAUGAGUGGGAACAGGAAGAGAAAGAAGAUCAUACAGUGGAGCAGACAGAGUUACAUAGGCAACAUCAUGGGGAAGAAGAAGCUGAACAUAAUCUGAUUGAACAUCAGGACAAUGAAAAUUACCGUACAGAGGAACAGAAUCUUGCUAGAAGCAGCCCUACUGAGAUUAAAAUGAAGACGUAUAAAUCACCAUAUGAGGAACAGUUGGAACAGCAGCAUCUGGCAGAGCUACGGGCAGAAGAAUCACGCAAACUUAAAGAAAGACAGGAUGCACUGCACCAACAGAGACUGAGGGAAUACAUGGAUCGGCAGGAACGCCUCCAGCAAGAAGCAGUACGGAAAGAAGAGUUGCUACGACAAGAGCAAUUAAGGCAAAGGGCGGAUUUUAAUAAUGAUGAAGCUACUGAAGGUGAUGAUGAGCGAGAUGUGCGUGAAGAGGAAGAAGAGGUUGAAGAUGAGAACAAUCCACAUGAGGAAGCUGAAGAUGAGGACCCAGAAAUAGUAAAUGAAGAUCAUCACACAGAACACGAGUCCAUCAACCAGCAGAUUGGUGGAAAUCCUGAUCAACAAGAGGAUAAUCUAGAUGAACAGUACCAGGAUGAGGGAGAGGAAGAGGUUGAUGAGAAGGAAAGGGAGCCUAACGAGCAGGAAGAAGAGGCAGUAGCUGACGAUACCAACCAGGAAGGGGAGAAUGAGGAUGAAAAUUAUGAAGAGGAAGAAGAUGAAGAAGAAAGAGAUGUCCCUGCUGCAAAGACAAAUCGGCGGGCAGAAAUGUGACAUUUUUAUAAUUAGCUUUUUAUUAUUUUUGUUUUAUUGCCUAAUUUGAAUUGAUCAACCUGCAAUCUUUUAUAGAUACUUCCAGGUAAAUAUAUUUAAUAUAGUGUUUUUCAGGUUAAUUUAAAUUUGGACAUAUUUAAAGGUAAUGUAUUAAAACCCUUCAAAGGUAUCUGCUUUCUUAUUUGUAAUUUAUAAUAAAUUCAGUAUGAAAGAAUCAUCCACAAAAAGUUCAUAGUAAACUGUUUUUAAAUGUUAAGAUGUUCAGUCAUACUUGUUUGAGGUUUUCUUAUACGUACCUCAUAUGAAAGUAAUUAUUUCGAUGCAAAGUCAAUUGUAACUUAAACAAUUCUUAAAAAUUUCUGAAGUUCAUCAAAACCUAUUUUCUAACAAGUGAUAUUUAUCAUCAAUAUGAUUAGGUAUUAAUUUGUAAACAUAACUGAUCAUGUAUUAAGCACUGCUGUUAUGCAUUGCAAAUUGGGUAGGCCAUGACUUUGUGCAAUAGUGUAAAAUGAGUGAGGGCAAGUCAGCAGUCAAUUUACAUCUCUCCUGAUUUUAAUUUCCAUUGGCUCGAAUUGCCCAUUUUAUACUUUCACGCAAAGUCAAGAUCUACCCCACUGUAAUCCCAACUGCUUGUCGAAGUUAAAUUUGUUCUCAGUUUCAUAACAAAAUGUACUUCAUAAAGAACUGUUCUUUUUGUAGUACACUUAGUAAUUUUUCCAGUAUUACCGUAUCCAGUACCGUUAAGUUAUGUUGAGUUCUGAAGAAGUCAUAUUGGACUUGAAACGUUAACUCUGUUUCUCUCUCCACAGACGCUGCCAGGCCUGCUGAGUUUUUCCAGCACUUCCUGUUUUUAUUUCAGAUCUCCAGCACCUGUAGCAUUUUGCUUUUAUUAAACCAUUAUGUUAUUGAGUGGUAGUCUGUUCAAAGGAUAUUGAGUAAAUUUUUUCUGUGUAAUAGGGAGACUCAAUAUAGAAAGAAUUCAUUUGUGCUUAAUGAAUUACUGUUUAUAUUUUUGUCCUUUUGUUUUCUGAAGGAAAAGUAUAUUGUAUUUAAAACUGUUUUAAAACCUAUUGCAUUGAAAUGACAAUCAAACAAGUAAGAAAGCCCAUAAAGAUAUAAGCAGAUAAACAGUUACUAGUUUGGUUAUUCUAUAAAUGUCCUUAACUUUCUUCUUGUUCAUGAGCAAGUAAAUUGGUGCAAUUUAAAUUUAAUCUUUCAUUUGUGACCAUAUGGUAGUUUGCAAAUUGUGAGAAUAAAAGGGUAUGUAAAGAACCAUAUAGCGCCUACUCCAUGAGAUUGACCAAUCUGCACAUAUGAUAUGGUGCUGAUAUUUUAAUAAUUGUGAUGCAUUAAAAUUUAAAGCUUUAAAAUUAAAUACAUAAGUCAUCAUGACUCUUUUAAUGUCAAGAUGACUGAAUUUCUAUAAAGGCAAAAGGUUAGCUUUUUCUAAAGAGUUUUUAGUCAACAUUGUAAGAUGUUGUAUAGUGCAUCUGAGUCAACUAAUAUUUGUGUCAUUGAAGCAAAGGAAUGCUGAUUUUCAAUAUCAAGUUUAUAAGUACAAUUGAAUAGUUACAUCGUGCCUAGUAUUACAACAUUAAAACAGGGCAUUCGAGCCAACAUAUCCAUGUGUUUAUACUUCACAUGAGCCUCCUCUCAUCUUCAUUAAACCAAUCAACUUAUUCUUGCAUUCCUUUCUCCAUCCUGUGUUUAUGUAGUUUCCCCUUAAAUGCAUCCUUGCACUUCACUCAACCAUAUCAUGUAUUAGCAAGUUCCACAUUAUAAUCACUCUCUAGGUAAAGAAAUUCCUCCCGAAUUCCUUUUUGGAUUUAUUGUCUAUCUGAAUUUUAUGGUUCUUAGUUCUGGUCUGUCCCACACAAGUGAAGACAUGUAUAUAUCUACCCUAUCAAUCCCUUUCAUAACCUUAAAGAACUCUAACAGGCCACUCCUCAGUCUUCUCUUUUCAAGAGAAAACAUCCCAACCUGUUUGCUCUUUUCCAAUUGGUAUAAACGCUCAGUUCUGGUAUCAUUCUAAUAAAUCUCUUUUGCACCUGCUCCAAUGCCUCUAUAUUCUUUUCAUAUUAUUGAGACAUGAACUGUUCACACUACUCCAUGUGGUCUAACCAAGGUUGUAUACAAACUUAACAUAACUUCUGUGCUUUUCAAUUCUACUGUGCUAGAAAUGAACCCAAACACUUUGCUUUUGUGUGGCCUUGUUAACCUGCAUUACUAUUUAGUGAUUUGUGAAACUGCACCCACCACGUCCCAGAUCUCUCUGUUCCUCUACCCCAUUUAGGCACUUAUUUUCCAAAGAGAAUAUAACUUCACUAAUCUUCCUAACAAAAUAUAUCGCCUCACAUUUAGUCAUAUUGAAGUUCAUUUGCCAAUUGUAUGCCCAUUCUUCGAGUUUAUUAAUGUUUUCCUGUAUUUUGCUGCAGUCCUCCUUUGAAUUAAGUACACCUCUCAAUUUGAUGUCUUGCACAAAUUUUUAAAUUCCCAAGUUCAAAUCAUCCUUGCAAAUGUUGACAAUUAGUGGUCCCAGCACUGAUCCUUAUAAAAUACCAUUUUCCACAUUUUGUAAGUCUGAAAAACCACAUAUAACCCCUGCAUUUGUUUUGUCACCAGCAUGCUAUCCAUUCUGGUACUUGUUUUCUGAUGUGCCUUCUGACCAUAUUCAUGAGUCUUGGUAUCUUAUUGAAGGGCCUUCUGGAAAUCCAUUCAUAUUACAUUUACUAUAUACCCCUUAUCUAUUAUUUCUCUUACUUUUCAAAGAAUUCAAUAAGGUUGGUCCAACAUAACUAUCCCUUUGAAAAUCCAGGCUGACAACUCUUAUUAUGUUUUCAUUUUCUAGGUGUUUUUCUGCCCUAUCUUUGAGUAAGGGUCCCAUUAUCUUUCCUGCCACUGACGUUAAGCUAAUAUAUUUCCUCGGACUUGUUCUGUCUCCCUUUUAAGCAAACACUUUUUAAAUCAAAUCAGUUUUGAAGUAAAAUGGUAGUGACAUAUAACCAUUUUGCUUGGAAUAGUAAAGAGAACAUUGUUUUUGAGAUGUUAAUUUACUUUAAGGGCACAAUAGGACAGUUAUUGCUCUAUUGUAACAUGCGGGAAUUUAACAUUUCUGUAUGGUAUUCACAUGUGGUUGGUUGGCUAUGUUAUUUUCACAUUGCCUGAACACUUUUUAAAUAAUAGUCGUAGAACUAGCUUGAUACUCUACCUGUUAAUAAAUAACUUCAAUAUUUUAGUAUGUUACCAAAGUGUAUAAUGCUGUUAUAAGAAAAAUAUGCAAACAUUUCUAAUCAAACUCAAGCAUAGAUGUCCAUUCAUGUGUUGUUUUUUAUGAGUUUUUUUGAUGGGGUGGGGUGAUUAUGCAAACAGCUUUUCAGGAUAGAUUUUUGCCAGGAUUUGUUGUCAGCAAUAUUCAUGUAGCCAGGUACAUGUGAGAGCUCCUGUUUACUGAACUUUAUUUCAGUGUAAAGUGUAUAUUAUGUAAAUACUAAUGCUGAUCAACAAAAAAUAAAGACUAUAUAGUAAAAUACAAUGAUUUCUAAAGAAAAUUAAAUGAUUAUCUGAAAUUAUUUGCCAUCAUUAAACUGUGUGAUUGUC